ACGCAAUUUUGGGCUCACCACUGCCAAUCGUGGUCGUCGGUCAACGUGUCUAAAUCAUAACCCAUAUUAUUGUUUCGGUGUGUGUAUACCUUAACAACUAUACAUUUUUUUCGUGCGGAUUUAUUUUUUUAACCGUGUAUGUCUCACCGUCGCGGCCACUGCUAAAACACAAAUAUGGUAAGCACAAUGUUAAACAAUUUUAAAUAAUAUAGGUAGUAUAACUUUAAUGUAAUCUAAUUCUUUUAGACAUUUUUUUUCCGCGAUGAAAUAAAUAGUUACUUUUUAUUUUAAAUUAAUAACGUCAACGUCGAGUCUAUUGGAUUUUCCUUAAACAACAUAAAUGAAAACCGCGAUUGUUUUCGGGGUUAAUUUUAAGUUUUAACUUAUUAAUAAAAAUAUAACAAUAAAAUAAUAUAAUACGUAGAAAAAACAAACGGAUAUACUUCGCAUGAUGGGUGGGGUAAUGUUGUAGGUGAGGAAUUAGGAAGGUAGAGGUGAAAUUUAAUGUUUAUCUGUACGCAAAGAUUAACCAUUUCUAAUGAAAAACGAUUCUCAACAGAGUUCGGUUAUACGUGUUUUGAAAGGCCGUAAUAUUUACGAUUUGAAAAUAAUAAAUUUCGUAAAUUUUCCCGUUUUUCCUAUGUUUUUCCUCAAUUUUUCAUAUUUAUUAUAAAAAACCCAGAGAAAAUCAAAAAAUAAUCUCAGUCAAAUUUUUUUUCGGAAAAGUAUUACACUUGAAAAUCGGAGCAAAAUGUAUGGUCAAAAAGUUGUUCACCGAGAAAAAAAUAAAUAAAAAUCAUUUUAAAAAAUUUACAUUCUUCAAUCCGCUCAGAAUCUAAAAUUCAGGCUGACUUGAAAUAUAAUAAUUUUUGAUUUUCGAAUUUAAAAAUCAGCAAUAGUAUUACAACAAAGGUGAAGAAAUAAAACGAGGCUUAACAUAGAGAAUACAUAAAAAAUAUUCAAAAUAUUAGUAAAGAGAGAUUAAAUUAAUUUUAAUAGAAUAGGCAAUUACUGUAGAAGGAAAUAUACAUGAAAAACGAGGAAAUGAGAUGGGCGUUUUUUUGUUUUAAUUUUUGAAUGAUUUUGAACAUAACCUAACGAAAAUCACUGUACAAAAGUUAGGUAAUCAUACAGAAAAUCUUUGGUAAUUUUAUAGGAAACCUUGGUAAUCGUUAAGAGAAUCGUAGUAUUCUAGAAUCUAGUGUGCAUAAUAUUCAAUAGUGAUUUACCUACUGAACGUACUAGUAGAUUUUAAGACGUUUAUUUGUCAUCUAAAACAUUUGAGCCAUUUUUAAUUUAUUCAUGGCAGGGUGGUUAGUACUGACGAUUCGGUCGAAAAGCUAUUUAACGAAUUCGGGUAGUGUUUUUUUAUAAUCUCCUAGGAUACAUUCGGUAAGAUACCUGAUUUUACUUUAUUUUGCUAAAAUCUCAUGGGUGCCCAAGCUAAUAAUAUUCACAUACAAAAAUAAUUAAAUAAAUAAAUAAAUGAAUACGUGGUCUGGAGUAUUAUGAUACAGGUAAAGUCUCAAAGUCAAAAAGUAAAACGCGACUGAAUAUGAAAAAAUAAAUGAAGAAAUACAAAGAGAAAAAAUUAUACAAAUUGGUCGUUUUACACAGAAAUAAUUUAUUUUAAUAGAAGAGAUUAUUUAAAAUGAGUUAUUAUUAGACAUAGAUUUGUUAAGAAAUAUAAAUUUCUCGGUUAUUGUUUAUUAUCUAUAAUGUAUUGAUAUAAGAUAUUAUUUUUAAAAUCGCGUCUUACUUUUUAACUUUACGAUUUUACCUGAUGAUGAAUUUUUAAUUCAAAACCGGUCGUACAAUAUAUAUAUCAUAAUACUUCAGGCGACGCAUUUAUUUAUUUACGAGUAUUAACCAUUUAAUAAUUUUAUUUUACUUUAUCAUUUUAUUAUUUUUAAUAAUAUUUAUUGAGUAAAUAUUUUCAACUUUAAUUUCAAAAAUUGUCUCUCUUAUUUAUGUGUCCAAAAACAAGCAUAAUGUACUAGGUUACAAAAUUUACAAAAUUUUGUACGGAACAAGCUGUCUCGCCCGGUUUUACCCGUAUAAUAAAAAAUUUUCUAAACAAAGUUUAUAGAUAUCAUCGCAUAUCAUUGCAUGCUAUGACCAUAGAUACCCGUAUAGCACAGAGAUUGCGCUACAAAUAUUAAUAACAACAGUUUUUAUUCAUCCGAGUUAUCGAGGUAAUCCAUAAAUCAACAAAUAUAAUUAGAUUUGUAUAUUAAAACCGAAUUUUAGGGAAUGGUAUUCAAUAAGGGGCGAAUUUCAAUACCUAUAAACCUUCUCCGGACAACGUGGAACAAUUUUCUAAAGUUUUAUGGAGACCCGGUGAACGGCGUAAUAAUGAAUAAAAGACAUAUAGACAUACAUUCAUUUUUAUAUACUAAUAUAGAAGAUUAUAGUCUAUUGUUUAAAAUACGUUUAAAAACCGAGAAAAUUGCAUGCUCGCAGAGUUAAGUUUCCUAACUUGUUUUUAUUUACUAAAACAUAUCGGUUACUAAGAAAAAAAUAUAAUAUUAUUGAAUUAUCAAAACAAAUUAAUAAUAGUUAAAUUUAUUCACAUGCACGUACAACAAUUGCAAACAUUUUUGAAAUUGUUUAGAUACAUAUAUUGGAUUCUAUGCUGUGUAGUAUUCGAUUUGUUUUUACUUUUAAACAUAGUGUGUUAAAUAAAUCGACAAAAUUUUAAAAAAAUACCAAAGGGGUUAACCGUCAAAAAUUUCGAUAAAUUACAACAUAAAAGUCCGCAUCUUUUAAGGUACUCGUGAAAUGUAAAAUUCGGAGACUUUAUUUUUCAAUCAAAAUAGUCUCUAGAAAAAAAAAACAUGUAUAUCUUAGUAAAACUUAUAGCUUCAUAGAUCUAAAAAUUCAACUGACAAUAUACUCAUAUAGAAACGGAAGUAAACAACACAUGGAUAACAACUCGUAGCAUAAAGGUGGGUUCCCGCUACUAGUGGAACCGAUAGGUAUAACGCCGUUAGGAGAAUAAGACGGGGAUAUGACGUGGUCAGGAACGAUAGAAGUUUUUUAGAAGACGGGGCAAUUAAAUGGAAAAUAUUGGCGAAGGAUAGAGACGACUGGAGGAUUGAUUGGGAACUGUGAUGACCCUCUGGGCAGAACGGACCUAUAAAAUUUAAUUAAUUUUAUUGUUCGAUUAAAUAAAUGUAGUAUUUUAAUUAGUUAAAUAUCUACUAUUAUUAUUGUUAUUAUUUUGAAAGUGUUUUAAUUCACCGAUUAAUAAAUCGUUUGAUUAUAAUAUCGCAAUUGAUAUUGUAACGCGUUAUAAUAUAAAUAAUAUAUUAUAGAAAACCGAACUAAAAAAUUAUUGAUGAUGAUUCUGACACAACAAUAUAUUAUACUAUUGCAGACUCUAUUUUCAAUACCUAUUUGUUUAGUGGUUCGUAUUAUUAUUUAUUAUACGACACACGUAACAUUCGUUCUUUUACAAACCGUCGCGACUGUGAUAUUUCAUCACUAUACUUAUAUUAUACAGACACUAGUAUAUGUGCGUUUCAAAGUAUGAUUGAUUCAAUACAGCCGAACAAUAAAUACACAGUAAAAGUACCUACUACAAUAUGAUAUUUAUUAUGAGAUUUCCAAUGAAUGUAUACGGACAGUAGUGAUUUGGUAUUUUGGUCGACUUACGGAAAUCGAUUGGUGUAAUUAUAUUUAACUUAGAUAGACGGCCAUAAUGACCAGAAGUCGAAUUACCGUUUGAUAACAGCUGGUGUAUAGAAAUGAAACACGCGUUUCAAAAUAAUAUGCAAUGCAACCGGAAAACUAAACGAAUUAAUAAAAGUAAUAAGAGUAAAAAUUGUAUUACUAAAAAAAAAAAAAAAACGGGUAAAACUUUAUUGUAAAUAACUGUGAAUUCAUUCGUCAGUAAUUUUUUUUUAAUUUUCGUUUCAAACCGGAUCAAACCAAUUGUCGUAUUUUUCAUUUUUAAAUUCCGAGCGCAGCCUUUUUUUUUUUUUGUGUCCGCGAACAUCUUUUCUACCAGAAAUCUUACUCCGAUUUUCAAGUGUAACAUAUGUUCUGAAACCAAAGUUGGUGCAUUGGAGAGGUCGCGAUCACGGUCGCCAUCUAGGGAGAUAUUUUUUUUUUGUUUAGCACACGCUCCCGGCAUAUCCAUCGAAACACUGAAUUUCAUAAUUUAUUUACUUAACAUUACAAGUAUCAUUAUUUACAUAAUAAGUAUAUUGUGAUGUUCUCCAACGUAAUGCAAGUGCACAGCCUACUUUUCUUAUAAUAAUGCAUAUAGAACGUAGUGUCAACUCGUAUUUAAUUUUCCGUUAAGAUAUAUAAUCGUCCGUAUUGUCAUCUGUAUAUUGUUUCUUUGGCCGAAUAUAAUCCAAGCGGAAUAUAUUGCUCGGCAACGUUUUAAAAUGGUACUUCGAUGACAAACUAUAAAAGAAAACUGAAAAAAAUGUUCGAAAAACCAAGUCGGCCGAAAAUUUAGGGCGACAUUAUAAACGAAAUCUCAGGCAAAUUAAUCUUAGGUCAAUUACUCGUAUAACAAUUAUUGAUCGAAGGCAAGCUAAUAAACAAAAAAAUUCAAUCAAGAUUAAAUGUGGUUUAUGAUGUAUGACAUUAUUUUAUGACGAUUAAAAGUAUGGAAACGUUAAUUUGUAUACGUUUUGUUCAGUGGGUAAAUCGCUAACGGAAAUCAAUGUACACGUGGUUGGUAAUCUUACGGAAAAUCUUUGGUGAUAGUUGGUAAAACCACGGUUUUUUAUUUUGAAUAUGGUGUACACGCUAUUCACAAGUGUAUUGCCCUCGGCAUUUAUUUAUCUUAAAUAGAUACAUUUUAUUAUAUUUGCACAAAACGCGUUGAACAUAAUUGUCUAAUAUGUCUGACAGAAAAACUAAAACACUGUCCGGGGAUGUGUGAAUAUAGAUAAGUAAAACGGAAAAUAAGAAAACCCUAAAACAAAUCGAAAGAGACAUUAAUAAAUACGAGAUUCGUAGUACUAAUACUAAUGAAGGUAAAUAAUUCAUAUAUUAUGUAUUUUCGUUAGGGUUGAGACGUUAAAACAUUUCGUCAUAAAAAACCACUUGUUUAGAUCAUGUUUUAAAAAAAAAAAAAUUAAUGUUUAUAUAAAAUGUAUUUCGUUAAGUUGAAACUUUCUAAUGUUUUCAAUACUAUAGGUAUUGUAUUUAUAAAAAAAAAAAAUCCCAAAAAACUUUUGAUAUAGGUAACACAUAGAAUUUUUCUUUUUUUUUUGACCGAGCUUUUAAAUUAUCAUCCAAUACUAAUUCGUAAUUUAUGAAAUUUGUGUUUUGUUGUAAACUUAAUAAGAAACAUGCGGUCGAAUAGGUUAGAGCGGUCGUUAAUAAUAUAUAGGUACGCCUACGUAAUGUCUCGCGGACACAUUUGAAUAAUAUUUAUUCGCAUAUCUAACGUUGUUUUUGUAAACGUAUUUUCUUAUUUAUAAUAAUAUAAUUCAAAAUAACUAUUUAAAAUAGCAUUAUUGAAAAACUGACAUUCUUUGAAAAUUAAUUUCGAGUAAACCGCGUAUUUUUUAAAUACUUGGAGCACUUGGUGCCCGGUGCCAAUGUCGUUUUGCUCACAGCAAACACGCACUAAACAGAAAUAGUGAUACUGUUCAGCAGAAUCGACCGAAUUAAAUUAUUAUUAUUUUUUUUUUAAAUUUAUAACGAGAAACAUUGCACGGACCGCAUUGAAUUCCGUUUUCCGAUAUUUUAAAAUCGAUAUUUAUCCAGUCGUUAAGAAAAGAAAAUGUUAAGCUUUUUUAGAUUUUUUGAGCGGAGUGAAGAAUGUAUUGAUUUUACAAUGAUGUUUGUUUUAUUUUUCUGCGGACAACUUCUAAAUCAGCAAGUUAGCUCCGAUUUAAAAUAAUAGUACCUUUUCUAAAAGGAAAUCUGACUACUUUAGAGGGGUCAUUUUUUUGAUUUUCCCAGGAGUUUUCCCGAUAAACGGGAAAAAACGGAAAAAAUAGGUGCAAAAUUAAACAAAUAUUAUUAAAAAAUAUAUAUUUAAAAGUAUACCUAUGUAAUUAUUUUACUAUAAUAUGUCAUACAGAUAUAUUGUUGACAAAGCAACACUAUCAACCGGACUUCGCUCGGAAUCGUUUUUCGUUAGCAACGGUUAAUCGUUACGUAAAGAUAUACAUUAAAUCUCCCAUCUAUUACCUUUCCAACUCCUCACCUACAACAGUGGCCCACUCACGUGCAAAGGAUGUCAGUCUUUUUUUUACCAUUAUUGAUAAAAAAAAAAUGCUUAUGAAAGUAUUGAAUCGGCAACGAGUCGCACAGUGAUCACUAUUUCCGCGAUAUCGUUUUCGUCGGUAAAAACGGCCGCCCCGUCUCUUCUCCCCGGGUAUCGGGUAGCCGGUCGCUAGGCAAACACUGUCUUUAAGGCGACAAUCGAAACGUUGAAAAGUAAUUUUUAAAUUUUUUUGAAAAUCUGAGGAAAUUUCAAAGGCGAUCCCCGCUAACACGUAACGUGUUGUUGGUAUCGAACACAACGCGCGCGGAUAAUUAGCUAUCCGCAAACACCGACACCGGAAACGGAUAUUUUAUUAUUGUAAUUAUGUUUUUUUUUUUGUCGCUUUUACAUAUGUAUUAUUGUAACGCCCGUACAACGCGCAAGUUUAUAAUGCAAUGCCGUUAAGAGCCGCCGAAAUAAUGUAAUACAAUACGAUAAGUCGGCUCCCGUUAUUACGCGAUCGCCGACUACCGUUGUACUAUACGUGUCUAUUGUCGUGUUGUUCGGACGGUCCGCGAUUCCGCUAUUAAGCUAAUACCCACAAACGCUGAUAUUAUAUUAUUUGGUAUUAUGUGCUCGUAAUACUGAUAUUACGAGAGUCGUUUAGAAAAAAAAACAAAACAAAACGGCGGGGAAAAAAAGUAUCGACCGGCGGCAAUGGGAAAGAAUGAAAAAAAAAAGAAAAAACGCUCGCGAUUAACGAACAAUAAAACAACAAACGAAAACGUGUACCCGUGUGCGCCUGUGUACGCGUUUGUUUCGCGGUUUCGCGUCAUUAGGCGCGCGGGCAAGUCGGGCGCCCAUAUUAUACCCGUGUACAUCAAAGACGCGGUGAAAGCGCGAGGGUUAUUCGCCCUGUCGAACAAAACCGACUCGAUCCGAAUGUGCGUCGCGCGUGAUAAGAAAUCAGGUAUCUCGCCUACGGAAUGCGUUUGUGACGAUGGUCUGCACACCCCGCCGGUAUAAACACGUGUCGUGAAAGGAAUCAGUACGGACCGGGAAAGGAAAAUGAAAAAAAAUUCCCCGUCGUUUUUUUUUAGGGAGGCGCAAGCAGUCGUGACGAAGUAAAAUUUGUAUUGGGAGGAAAAAAAAUAAAAAAAAAUAAAUAAAUCAAUCAUAUUGAUAAAGGUUAUCGGUGUAAAGAUCACGAGCGGCCUUGUGUUUGGAUACAGGCGACGGGGAGCAGUUGCGAAUUUCCGAAGAUUUUUAAUGAGCCAAAAGAAGUUGGGAACCAUUGCAGUAUAGCGUCCGGAAUACGUUUUACACCGCCCCGCAGACGUGGAAAUCCGACAAGAAAGUAAUUUUUUUUUUCGUUCCACGAACAAUCGUUAGCGUAUUCGUCGUUUACAACGCAAUGACGAUGACCACGACACGGUUCGCAUUAGUAUAAUAUAAUCUAUACUACACAUUAUAUUAUUAUAUUGUACAAAUGAUAUUAGACUCCGUCGACCGAUGACGAAAGCAACAAACCAACGUGUAAACGAUGAAAGUUGAACGUGAUGUCGUUUCACAUUUGUUCUGUACUGUACGAAAAAAAAAAAAAAACAAAAAGUAUUUCCGCGAUGGAUUUCAUUGGGACAGCUAACCGAUUUACGAUUUACGCGUCGAGAAAACAUUUAUUUGUGAAAUGAAUUCAUUCGUCGAAUACAAAAUAAAUAAUACAACAUCGUCGUAAUAGUGACAUAAAUCCGUAUGCCGGAUUUCAGACAACGAAAUCCCUAUUAUCGAUUGGAAAUCAUUUUUUUUAGAUUCGGAAGGUACCGACGGACAUAUGAAAACGCGUUCCGGUGGAUGUUUUCUUUUGAAGACGGACGCACGUGAGAUAACAAAACGGAGUAUUUUAAUUGGUUGUCUACAGAAUGCAAAAUAUUUGCUCUCUCUCACACUAUAGGCUCCAUAUUAACAGCCUAUCUGUCUUGAUCCGUUUGGAUCGACCAAAUCCUCGGAACAAAUGUUCCGUCUAUAGAUCGUAUAGGCCUAUGGACAUAAUCGCCAAGAGUACAGAUCUGUAUUUACCUACAUUAUUUAUCAUUGAAUGUGUUCAGCUGUUUUUAGUUUGAAAUGUGUGGACGUUAAAAUAUAUAAACGAAAAAAGUAAAUACAAUAAUGAAAAAUACGAACAUACUUCGCACGUGUGUGGGACAUGUUGUAGGUGAGAAGUUUGGAAGGUUUAAGAGGAAACUUAGCGUAUAGUAACUGUAAGCAACGAUUAACCAUGGCUACCGAAAAACGAUUCUGAGCCGAGUUCGUUUGAUAGUGCUGAUCUGACAACAGUAUAUUUGUCAUAUUUUUAUAAAAUAAUUACAUAUUAUGCGUUAAACAUUUACUCUAAUAAUAUUUCUUUAAUAUUGUAACUAAUUUCCCGUUCUCUCGGUUUUCCCACGUUUUCCCCGGUUUUUCCAUUUAAUGGGAAAACAAUUGGGCAACAUCAAAAAAUGGCCUACUUCAAGUACCACGCCAGUCAGAUUUAUUUUCAGAAAAAGUGCUAUCAUUGAAAAAUUGCUGGUAGAAAAGUUGUAUACAGAAAAAAAAAAAAAAACAUUAUUAUAAAACGAAUACAUAAAAAUAUCUAAAAUAUCUCUAGGAUAUCAGUUAGAAUGUGGCUAUACACAGAGUAAUGUAAGUGAUGAAUCAUUACUGAUGAAAAACGAUUCUGAGCGGAGUUCGAUUGAUAGUAUUGAUUUGUCAACAAUACGUGUUUGUCAUAUCAUGGUAAAAUAAUUACAUGUAAUAUUUAUUUAAUAUUAUACCUAUGUACGAUUAUUUCGGGAGGGGAGAGGGGUGACGGUUGUUCAUACUCUUAUAACAAAGAAGUUUACAUACUUCCGAUUGUAGGGUUAUUUAUUUUUCAUUAAAAAUGUCAAUAUUGUAUAACAUUCAUUUUUAAUGUUUGAGGUACCUAUUACUAAAUUUUACAUUUAAUAUAUUUUUUUAAGUGAAUAAUAUCUAAAUGAUAACGUUAUUUAUAUUAUUGUGAUAAUAAUGUGGACUAUGCAAUAUCGCCGUAUCAGUUAUAAUUUUAUAAAAGCAGGAAAAAAACCACAAACAAUUAAAAAUUACAAUAAUAACAAUAUAUUCCAACUAUCUUGUAAUAAAAUAAAAUAAAACCAAAAUUGUAUUUAUUUUCCUCGUUGACAGAAACCGCUUAUGAGAAUCUACUUUCAUUAUAAUUCUCAUGAAAAUUGAACCCCUAACACCCACCCCCUUGUACACGCGCCCGAUUCGAAUAUUUCAACGUUGAACAUUUACAAACACGAAAUUAUUUUUCUUACUUUUCGUACCGUAAACCUUUACUUACGAUAAUUACCUAUUGAUAACAAUAUUAAACGAAUAAACCCCAAGAUCAGUAAUGUGUUUUUUUAGCCUGCCACAAGACGCGUGUUAAUGAUCUUACGCGUUUUCUCCGUAUAAAAAAUGUAUAAUUUAUUAUCGUCCGUAAAUAUGCAACACCGCGAUAAUCGAUGAAGGGACGCGAAGGUGGACAAAUUGACAUUUAAAAUACACGUAUAUAUCGCUGGGGCUAUAGGUAAAAUAAUCAGGCUUAUAAAAUAGAAUCUAUUGUUAUUGCGCGUCGUAUCGGCGUACAGUAACCGAAUUGUUUUCGAAAUGCGCACACCGCCGUAAAUAAAACGUUUCUUUCAUUCUUUUCUUUUUUUUUCUCUCACUUUUUAAUUCCGACUCGCGUUAAUCACACCUCGACCGCCGGCCGUUUGCAGAUAAUUUGCGCGAUGAUCGUAAUUUUAUAACAAUACCUACCUAAUAAUAUUUUUCUUUUUACAUUUACGAACCGUUCGGAUUCCUCGCGAUUCGUCCGUAUCCCGUGUGCCGUCUUACCCGACUCUCGGUGUGGUUAUAGGCGGGCGUAUCUGUUAUACCUGUAUAAAGGGCACGACAAAGCUUUUCCGUUCUCGGUUUAUUGUGCGCGUGGAACAGGUACGAUGUUAUUAUGGCCGACAGUCACGCGUGUCUGCAAUACCUCUGUGCACGACUACCUAUAUUUUUUAACUUCCUGUUCUCGGCCGUAUACCUAUUCCGCGUUUUUACAGUGCACGUGUUAUAUGGUAUGCACGUAAUAUACAUAUAUAUGCAGGUAUAGGUAUAAUAAUUCUUCGCGAUGCUUGCGGUUCCUCGGGUUACAAUAAUAACACGACAUUAAAUACGGUAACUGUUGCACCGCGAAACUGCCGACGGGUUGUCCGCGGCCGCUCAUUACAAUGUUUGUCCGGAAAAUGUCGUCAUUUAUUAAGUAUAUCGCAAUACAUCACCGUGACAUUACGCAUAAUGAUUUUAUAGCGAAACCGACGAUCAUAUGUAGCGGGAGUAAAACUUGCGUUGAUUUUCUCAUGAAUUCCCCGAGUCUGUGUGUUGUAGCGUUAUUCGCGUACGCGUAUGUCGGUAUAAAAAUAUACCAGUGGCGUGAACAUUGUGCCGAAUCGCCGGGGUCGCAAACAAAUUGUUCGUAGGGCGACAUUACGACUCGCGGGGAACUCCGCGCACAGCAUACAGCCUCCUAACCGUAAGUAUACGGACUUUUUUUUAAAUUUGACGACGAAUUGGCGGGAAAAUAUUUUUAAUUUUUUUUCCAAAAAAUACCGAGAAAGUUUUUUCGUAUCAUUUCCGAUCUCGUUGGUCUAUUGCGAUAAUCGUUUUUUUUUUUUUUUUUUUUUUAAUAUUCCGAUAAGUUUUUUUUUUUUUUUGGUUUUAUAAAAUCGUUUUGGCCGAGCAGAAAAAUUUGAAAAUGUAUUUUCCAUUGAUUUAUUUAAAAAGGAUGCUCUUGCGAUCCCGUGAUAUUUUCAGGAGUCGCAAACGCAACCACCCGCGACCCCCAAUUUACGCCAUUGGACUAUAUAUAUAUAUGUAGAUAUACGUAACAACUCGUUGUGGUUGAACAAAAUGCAGUAUAGCUUUCGAAUCAAUAAUGAUAAUCGACCUCGCGGACGGCGGACCGAGGAUGAAAUACCAGUUAUCGAUAAAAAAAAAAAAACCGUAAUCGAUGAGAAGGUUUAGGAUAGGUCUCUGGAUUGCCCGUGAAAAAGUAAUUUUAACGAAUAUACCUAUUAUGGUAUACAUCCACGAUCAAAUAAUUUAAUCCCGCUAUACGUGUGCCUAUACGUUAUAAAGAGCUCUUGAGAAGUUCAAACAUCCGCGGUUAGCGUUCAUCGGAUCGGAAGCGUAGUCCCAAAAUCGUCUAAAAUGUUUGUCUAGUCACGCAAUACCGACAUAACACGAUCGUACGUAUUUGAACACACGGUAUUCUAUUUGCUCGUAAUAUUAUACGCGUCUACGAGUGUUAUUAUAUUACCUAGGCACUUUUAUACAUUCGUAGAUUGUGAGCGUUCCGUGGAAUGUACCGGUCUUACUACGAUGCGCGCGUGUUUUAUUUAAGAUUCGGAACGGAGUUGAAAUUAUGUUGAUUUUACUGUGUGAUGUGGGUUAAUUUUUUUUUUUUCUGUGUAAACACAUUUUCUACCAGAAAUCUCGCUCCGAAUUCGUAGAGUACUAUGUUUUCAGAAUGAAAAUUUUAUUCAAUUUAUGAGUAAGAAAAUAAUGUUUUGAUUUUCCCAGCGGUUUUCACGAUAAUUUGGAAUAACCGCAUAGAAACCCGAAAUAAUUUACGGCGCGUAGCGAUAUCAUUAUUUUUAAUUAUUUCGAUUGGUUUUUUUUUACCGGAAUUUUGAGCCAAAAUUUAAAUAUACCAUACAGCGUGUUUUCUAAAAAGAAAAUUUUUUUAAGUUCAAGUGAAAAGUCGUUUUUUGAUUUUCCGUAUAGCGUUCAAUAAUUGUACAAAACUCAGUGAAAACGGGAAAGUUCACAGCUUCAUUAUUUUCAAUUACCAAAAAAAAAAAAAAAAUAACUACAGUUGCUCGGAUUUUUUGCAUGAUGGUACCAUUAUUGAAACAUUUAUCGAUAUUUACGUAAAUUCCCCUAGGUCCUUUUUAAUGUUUUGAUUUUUGAUACUUCGUAUACUUGUACUACAUAUCGACAUAUUUGAAUAUUAUACGGAACACUAAUGAAUAAUUAGUGAUACUAACUAAUACUGAAAAAAAUGCACAUCAAAUUAAAAUGAAUAACUAAUAUGUAUUUAAAAAAAAAAAAAAAUAGUUUCCUCUAAUAGAGUAUAUAGACCCUCCCCUCCUCUCCCUCCCAUAGACUUUUUGUUUUAUGUAUUAAAGAUUUUCAGACAUUACGUUUAAAUUCAAACUAUAAUGCUCUAAAAUGAAUCUAUCCCUUUUAAGCAAAGCUCGUGGUGAGAUAAAUGAAUUAUUAUAACAUUUAACAAUAUUAAAAAUUAACAUUAAAAACUCUUAAACUAUUUAAAUGCAUAACAUUUUUUAUAAAACUUAAGAAUACAGUUUACUUAUUAACCACAGUUUACAACUGAGUUUUUGUUUAUUACAUAAUUAUGCUAUUUUUUUUAAUAUUAUCGAACACAUUUCGUUCUCGAUACGGAAGCAUCGUAUUCAAAUGAGAAUGGCCCGAACAAUCCGAAAAAUGUGUUCUGAAGAACGUGCCCAACUUUGAAAACCGUAUGCUCCGUUUUCACGCCCACGUUGCACGUUUAAGGCUAAAUUUGUUUUUUUUUUUUAGACACGUUUAAUACGACGGAUCGUUUGUACCGCAGCCCAGUUACCGGUAACGCGGUGAAAUAAUACGCGUGCGUCGACGGACACACGACGAUACGAUACGAUAUUAUCGUAACGUCGUCGUUUCCCGGCCGAUCGCGUAUUCCGGAUUACCGUGCGCGUUGCGUUGUGUUAACCCGGUGGCGUUAUUCGCUCCGGAAUAAAAAACCGUAUGCCGCACGUUCACGUUCGCGCCGUAGCGUACGCGUAUAGAAAUGCCGAGUACGGUACGUUAGAAAACGACAUUGAUUGUUGUGUACCGAAAAGUGUUGUGCCGGCACUCGCGUCCGGUAUAAUUUUUUUAAUUACUCCGUUUGAUUUCGCAACGUACACGCCGUCGUCGUAUUAACGUACGCACGCGCGUGAUUUACGGUGUAAUUCUUUAUGGAGAAAAAAAAAAAAAAUUGUAUACGCGUUGUUGUUAUUGUUACUGUGUUCCGUCGAUUCAAAACGCUGGACGCGCGGAACAAAACAAACCGAACGCCGUCGUUUGAAUCCUCGCGAGAUUUAUUGCAGCCGUUAUACUUUGGUAAGCCGGUGAAAUUAUUCGUCCGCAUAUAAACGCGACGUGUUUCGCACGGUGUAGAAAAUGUAGACGUUGUUGUCUAAAUAAAAAAAAUUCCGUUUCGUUUCGAGAACGUUUACAUUUAGUUUUUAAUUUCGAUCGAUAAAUGUUCGAAUAAUCAAUAUUGAAUAGUUGUUGUUACAGCGAAAUACGAUUAUGCCGAGCGAUGUUCGGUUAAAUAAUACGCAUUUAUAAGUAGCGUGAUUUUUACAAUCGAAAUGUCAUGGGUCUAUAAGUAGAUCAAAAAUCUCAAGCGUGUUUUGAACAUUUUACCGCUUAUAGAAAAGGCUUACAAAAGUACUCUAUGAACAUUUAAGUUGUCCAAGAUUAUUUUUAACCGGAUUACGAGAAAAUCGAAAAAUAACGGCAUAUUUAUUGCCGUAAACUUUGCCGGUUUUCCUAAUUUGUUCCGCGAUUAUUCAGAAAACUGCAAGGAAAAUCAUAAAAAAAAAAAUCGACUUCUAAACGGACUGAUUACACAAAAGUUUUACAGAAAAUAUGCUACACUUGAAAUUCGUAGCAAAACUUCUGGUAAAAAAAGUUAUUUAUAAGCAAAAAAAAAAAACAACACAUAUCGCUCAAAAUCUAAAAAUGUUUAUAAAUCGAUAAUAUAAAAAGCUGUCCUAGGAUAAUGGAGACGCGUGCAUCCACUGUUAUAGAUAAUUUAAUGUAUACCCGUAUAAGCAAAGAUAAACCAUUACUAACGAAAAAACGAUUCUGAGCGGAGUUCCCGUGAUAGUUAUGCUUUUUCAACAAUAUACGUAUCAUAUUAUAGUAAAAUGAUUAAAUAAGCAUUAUAUAUUUUCUUUAAUAAUAUGUGUUUAAUGUUGUACCGAUUUUGCCUUUUUUUCUACGUUUAUCCCGGUUUUCCCAUAUUUUUCCUGAUUUCUCGAUUUUGCUGGGAAAACUCCUCAUAAAAAUGAAAAAGGACCUCCAAAAAGUACCUUCACUGUCAGAUUUUCUCGCAGAAAAGUGCUAUCAUUGUAAAGCCAAAUUAUUUGUAGAAAAGUAGUUCACAGGAAAAAAAAGGGCCAUAGUUUUUAACUAAUACCGCCAUUACUUAGAUUUUCCCGUUUUUCCUCCGAUUUUUUCACAUUUGUUGAGAAAACUCCUGGGAAAAUUGAAAAAAAUAAUAACAAAAUAAACCAUAAGCUUCUUCGCUCCAUUCAGAAUCUAAACAUCAUGUCGUAUUGACUCGAGUUACUCUUUUUAUAAUGAAUAUAUGUGUUUUCCAAAAAUUAAAAUUCGAAUAAAUCCAUUAUUAAAACAUUUAAAAAUGAUUGGUUUGACUCAAAUAUUGAUUCGACAUAGUAAAAACUAAAAACCAUUAUUCAAUGGUUCAAUAUUCAAUACGUUAUUUAUUUUACAGUUGCUGAUAAAAUCGCUGAUAGUGACAAUCGCAACAUCUUCACUUGUAGUCGGCUUACCUACUGCAACAUCUACAGAGAAACCAUUACAACCAAUUCAAAGUAAACGUGAAAAAAAGAAGUAAGUCGAUAGUAAACAAAUGCACAAUUUUCCAUAGUAUUCAUACAUAGGUAACCUGUAUCUGUACCGAUAUUAUAUGAAUUCGAAUUAAAUUUUAAAAAAAGAAACUCUUUUUUUUUUUAGUGCUGAUAGCGGAUACGGUUCUGACGUAGUCGGUUAUGAUAGUCAUUAUCAAGAAGAAUCGCAUGGAUACUGGAAAAACAACCUAACUUGGAAAGAGGAGUUGAAACAAGAAUGGAAAACCGUUAAGCAAGACGUAUGCAAAAAAGCUUUGGAGGAAGUUAAAGUACCCGUGUGGAAAGAAAUAAAACUUCCCGUCGUGAAGGAAAUUAAGGUGCCAGACUGGAAAAUUGUCCGCACGCCGAUUUGGAAAGAAGUGAAGGUGCCCAUAUGGAAGGUGGUUAAGACGCCCGAUUGGAAAGUGGUUCAAGUACCCGUAUGGGGAGAAAAGAAGAUAGCUGUAUGGAAAGAGGUCCAAGUUCCCGAGUGGAAAAAAACGUACGUUCCGGAAAUGGUCAAGGAAUACUUGCCCGGAUCCAAAAAGUUGGGAAAAGAUCAUCAUGGAUGGGAAUACGUAGCACACGACGUUUGCAAGAAGAUGCUCGUAUGGAAACCGGUUUGGAGUAAAGUGUGGAAAACCGAGAAGAAACAAGAAUGGGUUACCGAAAAGAAACAGCUGUGGGUAGAAAAAAAAAUACAAGUUUGGAAAACGGAAAAGAAACAGGAAUGGAUUACAGAAAAGCGACAGGAGUGGAAAGAAGAAAAGGUUCAGAUAUGGAAAGUGGAGAAGAAAGAAGAAUGGAUAACGGAGAAAAAACUCGAGCACAAAACUGAAUGGAAAGAGAAAAACGUUUGCACCGCAGAAGAAGUCCAGGUACCCGUCUGGAAGAAGGUUUACAAGCCCGUGUGGAAUAAGAUUUGGGUGGAAGACCAUGAUCACCACCACGAUAAUCAAGAACAGGGCGGCGGUGGCGGUGGAUACGACGAUUAUAGCAGUGUUCAGUCCGGUGGCGACGAAAGCUACGGUUACCAUAAAAAAUAAUAUUUAUCCGCGUGUACUGUUUCCCUUGUAAAUUUCUGUACAUUUACCUAUUAAGCCAGUUCUGCAAACCGACCGUUAGCGCAAAUACUUCGAAUAUUGUUUGAAGAGAGUCUUCGACCCUCGUAUUGUUGAUUGUGCGUACUCAUAGUAUUUACUCGACGAAGACCGGAUUCGGAGACAGCUCAGCCGAGUUUUGAAUGGGGUAACCAACCCUCAGCUUUCUUUAAUUCGCGCCAAUGAUACCGUUACUGUACAUAUAAUAUAGUUCGUAUUAGCUAAUAAUAUUUUUUUUUUUUUCAUUUCUACUAUAAUCGUAGUAGAUAUAUAUUAGAGUAAAUAUUAUAAUAGAUUUUGUUACCUGUUUGAAUAUUUUUACCGAACAGAAAUAUACAUGUAUUUCAAAUAAAUAAUAUAGUUGUUAUUUUAAAACCGAUUUCACGUCGCGCCGUAAUGUAAAAACACCGGCAACAUAUAUUGCAUACGUGUUUAUGAAAACAAAUAGUAUGUUUAAUAUUCGCUAGAUGUCGCACUCGUGUGUUCCGGAAUACAACAAAAUCGUAAGACGUGUAUCCGUUACAUAUAAUAGAAAACCCUUUUCAUUUUUUUCUUUUUCAUAAAAUAGCGAUAAUAAAAAAUAAAACUUGAUAAGUAUGGCGAAAAUCGUUUGUCGAACGAAAAUAUAAAAUACAACAAUAAUCGCGACUGUGGUGAGGGGAAAAUGGUUUAUUUCAAUAAAUACUGGAUAAUAUGUAAACCAUACCGCGAAACCUAAUACGUUUAUCGUGUCGGACCGGUGUG